CUGCCAGUCCAACCUCUAACAGGCAUGGAGGUUGAGGAGGCUGUGGAGCAAGAGAAUGGGGUACAGAAGCCACAGCUGAAUUCCCAACCACACAUGAAAGAAGUGGAUGUGAAGCUGUCUGUGUCCACAAGCCCCCAAAAACUUGGCCCAAAGCAGAACCCUAUGGAGCACCUGUAUUACCUAGAUGCCACGAAGGAGGGGAACGUGGGAAGGUUCAUAAAUCACAGCUGCGACCCCAACCUAUUUGUGCAGAACGUCUUCACUGACUCUCAUGAUCCAAACUUCCCCGUCAUUGCAUUCUUCACCAGCAAAGUGGUGAAGGCGGGGACUGAGUUGACCUGGAACUACUCCCACAGCCCUGACAGUGACCUGGAACAGAAAGUGACAUGUCAGUGUGGCUGUGAAGGCUGUCAGGGACUGCUGGCCUGAACCUUGAGAUGAACACAAAACAAAAUACUCCUUUAUAGCCUGCUUCUAGACCAAUUACAUAGUCAGUUUGUGCUGUAAACAAAUCUGCCUUCAGACCAGGCCACAAUGACCCCAAGAUGUGUAUGAUGGUGGACA